GUCUUCUUAUUGGUUUAUGGUUAUGGUUAUGGUUAUGUUGAUCAUGGAUGUCUUCUACGGGAUUCGCAUUAUUAAAACCCGUGUGUAUGUAGUACGGAAUGUAACACAAUAGAUAGAUAGUGGUGAGAGGACUGCCGCGGGACCCAUAAAAAUCAUUGCUUGAUUGGAAAUCAAGUUGUGGAUCGGGAUCCAGUUUUUUCUUCCUUCCCAGGGGCGGGCAGGCAGUGAUGAUUAUUGAUCAUUGAUUAGUGAUUGUUGUACACGGUAGAUUGAGAUGAAGGGUUACAAUGGGGGUGGCGUGCUGGUGCAAAGAUGAGAGGGUAUAAAUAUGGGGUUGGGGUCAGGAGAUGGGAAUUGGAUAUCCAAGUUUGUUCUACUUUGUAUACCACCACUACUAUUAUAUACUAUCUAUCUUAAUUCUCGAUUCCCUUUACCACAACUGUUCUCUCGUGCAUACAACAAUCACCAUGACCAAGCUAUUUACUCCCCUCCAAGUUGGCCGCAUGCCCCUGGCCCAUCGUCUCGCCAUGGCACCCAUGACUCGAUUCCGAGCCAACGACGACCACGUCCCUCUUCCCAUGAUGACAGAGCAUUAUGAACAACGCGCUGCUGUUCCUGGUACGCUUCUCAUCACCGAGGCUACUCUCAUCACGCCCCGUUCUGGUUCAUACCGCAAUGUGCCUGGAAUCUGGAGCGAGGAGCAGAUUGCGCAAUGGCGCAAGUUGACGGACGCGGUUCACAAGAAGGGCUCGUACAUCUACAUGCAGCUGUGGGCUCUGGGACGGGUGGCUGAUCUCACGGCCCUGAAGGAGGAAGGGGACUAUGAUUUGGUUUCUAGCAGUGCUGUUCCGUUCGAGAAUGGUCCUGUUCCUCGGGAAUUGAGCGAGGAGGAGAUCCGUGGGUAUAUUGGUGAUUAUGCGCAGGCGGCUAAGAAUGCCAUUGCGGCUGGGUUUGAUGGUGUGGAGAUCCACGCUGCCAAUGGGUAUCUGAUUGAUCAGUUCAUUCAGGAUACUGUGAAUAAGCGCACGGAUGCCUGGGGUGGAAGUGUUGAGAACCGGUCCCGGUUUGCGGUGGAAGUGACUCGGGCGGUGGUUGAUGCUAUCGGUGCGGACCGCACGGGUAUUCGGCUUAGCCCUUACAGCACUUUCCAGGGCAUGAAGAUGGAGGAUCCCAAGCCGCAGUUUACGGAUCUGGCGGAGAAGUUGGCGCCGUUUAAGCUGGCGUAUGUGCAUCUUGUUGAGGCGCGCAUUGCUGGGAAUACCGAGGGUGUGGUGUCGGAUGUGGAGACGCUGGACUUCUUCACCAAGGCGUAUGGCAACGCGGGCCCUCUGGUAGUUGCUGGUGGAUACAAGCCGGAUUCGGCCAAGGAGGCGGUCGAUGUGCACUACAAGGACCUUGAUGUCGUCAUUGGCAUUGGUCGUCCCUGGACCGCGAACCCUGAACUGCCUUUCAAGAUCCAGCAUAACAUCCCUCUCCAUCCGUACCAGAGAGAGGUCUUCUACUUGCCUAAGGAUCCCAAGGGUUACGUCGACUAUGAUUUUAGCGAGGAGUUCAAGGCUGUCAAGGUUGCUGCUUGAUUGGGUUGGAGACUCUGUUUAUUUCAAUUUCUUUAGAAG